AUGCGCCAGCGAUCGUCGGUCUCCAUUCGUGUCUCCUCCGGCAUCCGCUCAAGCGCCCAUGGCUCUAUGGAGUCAGUGUUGCCACGCAACCGUCUAACUAGUGCCUCCACGUCCAAAAGCAACGGCGGUAGUACGCAUUACGGAGCAGCAGCAGUAGUACCAACGCCACCACCAGCACACUACCGGCCGGCAGUAACCGGCGGUGUUAUGAAUGAUCACUCUCGCUGCGACAGUCGGACAUCGCACCAGAGUCUUAGCAGCAGCAUUGUCAGCAGCAGCAGCAACCACAGUGGUAGUACGAAACUGCCCAAACACACCGUGGUAAAGUCAGUGGAACACCGCACACGGCAUAAGAUUAGUCCCGGGCCGGAAAACGCUGUCAGCUCCACAUCGACACAGGGUACGUCGCAUCGUGCCGGUGCGGGUGCUAUAGCGCAGGGCAGUGAGCAGGGUUCGACGAGUAGUGCACGGACAUUAUCGGCGAACGAUCCCGACAACCUAUCCAGCUAUCGACGGUACAGCACCUAUACGGCCGGGCUGAAAGAAUCGAGCAAGUGCCCCACUCCGGGUUGUGUCGGGUUAGGCCACGUCACCGGACUUUACUCGCAUCAUAGAAGCUUAUCCGGAUGUCCACGGCGCGAUAAAGUAUCGUCAGAAUUACUAGCACUCCACGAGACGAUUUUGAAAUGCCCUACACCGGGGUGUAACGGCCGAGGACACGUUAGUGCUGGACGCAACUCGCAUCGAAGUCUCUCCGGCUGCCCCAAGGCAGCCGCUAGUAAGGCAGCAGCUCGCGAACUCAAGUAUCAAAAUGGUUUGCUCUUUCGCCAAAAGUUACACACAGCAGUACUAAACUAUCAGCAAUUGGGGGAUUACCAUUCGGCAUUAGCAGUGUCCGCGGAUGACGUAGCUGGCCGCGACAUUAACUCAACCCGUCAGCUCCCGUUACAAACCAUUCAAUCGACUGAAACCGCUAGAAUAAGGCAGCAACCAUCCACACCCCACAGCCGGCAAGCGAAGGAUCUCAGCAGUAAGCAUAUUGCAUCCCACGAAUCGAACAGUGAAUCACCGGAUGCGGAGGUAAGCGCACAUCCCGACGUAGCCCAUUCGAACGCAAGGCCGGUGAUUAAAACUGAGCAGCAGGAGGACACAGUCCUACCAUCGGGAGAGUCUUCUAGUCACCCGCACCCGUCAGACGCACGCAGCAACAAGAUGCUUGAGAGCAGCUACGGACGUGAACAAGAUCUCGCCCGGUACGGGCAGAUUGGCGAUACGCGACAGCAACAGUAUACGACAGCACACUACGAUACGAGCCAAACAUUACCAGCCAGCUCAUACGAUCUCGGUUCAUACACAUCCCGUGGCUACGAUACAGGUGCCUUCGAACGGUACGACACCGCCAGCUACGGCAUGCAAAAAAGCUUCAUGUACGGCUCCGUCUACCAGCCGGUUCAGUCAACGCUCGACGACUACUCGGUUGCGGUCGGUUUGUCCGGCACGGGUGUUGGCUCCACAGCACCGGGCCAGACACCCUCCGUCGGAAGCAUUGGCCCGACGGUACAGCAAGAAUCGAUGCUACCACCGGCAGGGCCACCGCUCCUGAAGGUGGAGAUGCCCGACGAUAACAACUCCACCACCGAACCAAUCUACCCGCGACCCGUCUAUCACUACGAACCGUCAUGCGGUGGUAGUCCAGCCCAUCCGCCCGGUUACUCAGCGAUCAAUUUAAGCGUAAAGGUAACCUCGAGCGAAGGUACACUGCGCGGUGGCGUUGGAUCACCGGGCCUAACGCCCACGAACGGCACAUCAGAACGGCAACCCGUCGUGGAUCUCUCGUCGAACGGUGUAUCCUCCUCCAACGGGCAACUCACAGCGGACGGUAGUAAGGGGGAGGCAGAGACGCAACUAAGUCCCAAACCCGGCACCAGUCCCAACCACAUCAAGGCAAACAGCCCACACAUACCGAGCCCGCAGGGCCACACACUUGAUCUGAGCGUUAGUCGACUACCCAACAGCUCAACAAGUCCACAGUAUCACCAGGACACCGCAACGGCUGCAACGAACGCUAGAUCACCUCCGACAGAACCGGUGGACUUCAGUGGUGCCCCAAGGCCACUCAGCUUUGGUUUUAUGGGACCACCGGGGCCUGGGUAUAGCAGGGAGUCGACACCGGACAGUGCUGCAUCGCAUUAUCUGGAUGGUUACCGAGAUCAUAGCGGGUAUAGUCCGCAUCCGGGUUACGGGAUGGUAGAGUACGCCAACGGAUAUCCUGGGUAUGGUUCCAAUUAUCAGGCCUGUCCACCGUAUGGUGCGUCCCUCGGUCCAUACUCUUCCGUGCCGGGGGCCGGAUACUCGUCCGCUGGUUCCUGUUACGCCAUGCCGCCUCCAUCACACAUACCCUCGCACGACAAGCUGCUCAAGGAUGGCAUGUCUGGACUUUCGCGCACCGACAGACAAUACCACACGAACACGCAGGAGCUCAAAUGUCCAACGCCCGGGUGCGAUGGUUCUGGCCACGCGACCGGUAACUAUUCCUCCCACCGCAGCUUGUCCGGCUGUCCGCGAGCAACCAAACCCAAGAGCAAACCACGAGACGGUCAAGAAUCGGAACCGUUAAGAUGUCCAAUCCCUGGUUGUGACGGUUCGGGACAUUCGACGGGGAAGUUUCUUUCGCAUCGAAGCGCGUCCGGAUGUCCGAUUGCUAACAGGAAUCGUAUGCGUGUGAUGGAUACAGGAGUUCCCACCUCGGCCGACCUUCAACCACAGCAUUCAUCCAAGCUUAACUCGAUGAAGUUUGAUGCUGUAUCGAACACAAAUGGUUGUGACGCGCUUGCAAACUCACUAGGUCAGGGCAUCAAGAAGGCAAAAUACUCCGAAGAUCAUCUGUCCGAUGGCUAUGGUAAACAGUAUUCAGCAAUGUCAGAUAUGGUGAUGACACACUCGCCGGAUCAAGAUACGCGCAACAGCGGCAAUCCUGCCAAUGUGACAACUGGUACCGUAGGACCGCCGCAGGAAACGAUACCGCCCAGCUCAUCGAUGGCCCUCUCCCACCUCAGGUCCGGCAACAACGGUAGCGUACUGUCCCGUAUGCAGGACCCGAACGUGCAGGACGCACCGACGGAGCAGCGCAAUGGAUCGGCGGGCGUUGGCGUCGGCGGUAGCAGCGAGAGCGGUGGUGCUGGUGGAUCAUCCGGAGCCGGCGAAGACCUGCUGUCGCUCGAGGCGGAAAUAUCCGAGCUGCAGCGGGAGAACGCCCGCGUCGAGUCGCAGAUGCUCCGGCUGAAGACCGACAUUACCGCAAUGGAGACGCAGCUUAGCCACGCCGAACGGGAAAACGAGACAACUUCCGGUCGUGGCCACGUAACGGGAUACUAUGAUCAUCUGCGCAAUAACGUUAUUACCAUGCUCGAACACGUCAAGAUUCCACCGGGAGCUGGUACAGCAUGUGACGGUACUGCCCUGGCCGCACACGAAACCAACAUCCGACACGUCAACGGUGAAGGUACCCGGCAUCCGAUCACCAUCAACAGUAGCAACGAUAAAAACAACAAUACUACAACGGGCACCAGUAAGCAUCUUCACACUGAUGGUGACGGUGAUGGUAACAAUAAUAACAGCAGCCACAGUACCAGCCAGGAGUCCGUACUGCCUUCCUCCCAUGGGCAGCUCUGCUGCGGUGGACUCAAUACGAACAAACGAGGUCCAUCGGUUGGUGAGGACCUACAAGACCGAGCGCUGCAUUCUUCUGGUGCCGUCGCCGACCAUCCGGACGUGCCGCGUACACCGGACAAUCGUGCGAGAGAGGAACCACAGUACGAUAACUACCUUUCCAAGCUGCAGUCCCUCUGCUCGUCACACUCGAUCACCCCGUCCACUACCUCCGCUUCGUCUACUGCGCCCGCUUCCUCGGUCGACUCUUCCAACACCUACACCACGGUCGUGACCGCCUGCAGCCCAAUGGUAACGCCACAGCACCACCAUCACCAUCACCAUCAGCAUCAUCACCUGCACUCGCACCACCAUCUCGGCCAUCUGGCAAAUGGCGGUUCGACUUCGUCCGUGCCAGCCGGACCACCACCCUCUUCCGUGCCCGGCAUAAUGGCACCACAUCACUACCAACCCCAACCGCCCCACCCGAUGCACCAUCUGUACGAAGCAAACGGUCCGAUCUACACCAAUCUUGGGCCGGCCGCUGAAUCACACCCACUGUACGACACGAUGAAACUACCGAGUACUGGCGGUGGUGAAGCAUACAUGGGCAUGGCACUGCCGGCACCGAUCUAA